AUGGUUGGACCUCCAGGCACCGGUAAAACGCUCCUGGCCAAAGCCGUUGCUACGGAGUGCGGCACUACCUUCUUCAACGUCUCGAGCUCCAGCCUCACCAGCAAGUGGCGUGGUGAGUCAGAGAAAUUAGUGCGCAUUCUUUUCGACAUGGCGCGUUUUUAUGCUCCGAGUACCAUCUUCAUCGACGAAAUCGACUCGCUUUGCUCGCGGCGUGGAGGUGAAUCCGAACAUGAGGCCUCUAGGCGUGUCAAAUCUGAACUCCUCGUACAAAUGGAUGGUGUUAACGGAGCUACUGGACAGGAUGACGACCCAACCAAAACGGUCAUGGUUCUUGCUGCGACUAACUUUCCUUGGGACAUCGAUGAAGCUCUAAGACGUCGACUGGAAAAACGGAUUUACAUACCUCUGCCAAGCGGUCUUGAAAGUGUCCAGCAUCACGAAACUGCCGUGGUUCUGUUGAUUUACAAAACAAAAUCAUAA